UUUUUUUCGACGCAACACCAAAACCGGAAAUCGAUGUCUUGGCGCAGUAGCUUGCAGGUUCCGUUUUUAGGUGUUGCAGAUUGAUAUUAACGUCGUGUAGUCUUAGCAGACUUGUGACUUUUCCUUGACGUUCGUUUAUUUUCUAACUUUUGAAAAAGAGUAAAUUCUGUGAUUCUAAAAUGAGUGACAACGAGAAAGAUUUCAGGGAACAGGACUCGCGGGCAGGCUCGUCCCCUCGGGGCUCUGCAAAGUCCACCAGUCGCUCCAAAGAUGGGUCUCGCCAUUCCAGGUCCCGGUCACGUUCUCGAUCCAAAUCCAAGUCUAGAUCUCGUUCCCAUCGAAGUUCACGCAAGCGCUACUCCCGGUCACGUUCCCACUCCCGGCACCGCCGGUCCAGGAGCCGAUCUCGUAGCUCGGGGUACCGCCGGCGUAGGAGCCAUAGCCGUUCCCCCAUGUCAAAUCGACGCAGACACAUUGGAAACAGGGCCAACCCAGACCCCAGCGCCUGUGUCGGUGUGUUUGGUCUGAGCCUCUACACCACUGAGAGGGACUUGAGGGAGGUGUUUUCGAAAUAUGGCCCGCUGGCUGAUGUCAACAUAGUGUAUGAUCAGCAGUCGCGUCGCUCAAGAGGUUUCGCUUUUGUCUAUUUUCAAAAUAGCCAGGACUCUAAAGAGGCUAAGGAGCAAGCUAACGGCAUGGAGCUUGAUGGACGCAGGAUCAGAGUGGACUUUUCAAUUACCAAAAGAGCCCACACCCCCACUCCUGGAAUCUACAUGGGACGUCCCACAUAUGGCGGGGGUGGAGGAAGUGGUGGCGGCAGCAGCGGAGGAAGUGGUGGAGGUUCAUCACGGCGCGUCUCAAGGGAUUACGACAGGGGCUACGACCGAGGAUAUGACAGGGGCUACGACCGCGACUAUGAUCGUUACGAUGACCGAGAGUAUCGAUCAUACAGACGCAGAUCUCCGUCCCCGUACUACAGCAGAGGUUACCGCUCUCGGUCUCGCUCCUACUCACCACGUCACUACUGAGUAACAAAGAUGGAGUCCACAUCAGUGUUACUUUUCAGAAGCUUGAUUCUUUGUUUUGACCUGCUCACAUGUGAACAGGACUUCUUGAUAUAUCCAUGUUUUUAAAGUGACAUGUUUAAAAUAAAAAAAGUUAGUGUGCAAGUUUGAUGGAAGACUUGGGAACAGA